GGCGGGUCAACGGAUGGUUCCGGAUCCACCGUUUUGGCUGCCCAGUAGUCUGGCUGAUAUGUGGCGUGACCUCAAGUCGCUGGAGCUCAAUCGAGAGUUCAUUGCCUUCCUCGAGGACUCGGGCUACCCGCCGAUGGCCAAGCAUGUGCGCGACUGGCUGCUGUUCAUGAUCAUUGUAAGGAGCCAACACACGCACACAUGAUGAAUGGAGAGAUCUGGCGCAACUGGUCUGCAGAAGAGCCGGGAGGGGGACGGCGAUGUGAAGACGAUGUUGCCUGACCAUCUGCUGGUGGUGUGGAACGCUGGCAAGAUCCACACCGGCUACUACUACGAGGCCCUUCCUCGCGCACUCGGCAUAAGCCGCUUCAUCCCGCAGUAAGGACGCUAUACUGAGAGCAGCUUCAUCUCUUCGACGUUUGGAUGCAUGGAUCAUUCAGUUCUCGUUGGGCGGAGGAGCGUCUGCCAGAUGAGGAGAAGAUGGCACGUCGGGAGGCGGCCCUGACCGCAUUCAAGUCCACCUACGGCCGCGACUAUGUUCCGUAAGCUCCUCCUCUCUCUCUCGAUGGCGAAUGUGUGGUUUGUACAGGAGUGAGGGUGCCGCUGAGGUGUUCGUCACGCAGCGUUCCUGGAGUCCAUCGAGCCCCGCAAGGCAUCGAGCAAGGGCACCACCAGGUCACACGCACAGCAGACACCGAUGUACGGAUGGAUGAAUGGAUGGAUGCAUGGAUUGCACUGUGCUGCGUGCAGCUACAUCCUGCGGGAUCGGGUGCCAUUCACUUGGAUCAACGUCAAGACACUGUCUGGUGAGCGUGUGUUGGUGCACGCGCUCCCAGAGGCCACCGUGGCCGAGGUCAAGUUCGCCGUCUUCGAGGUCAAUCGCGUCCCCGUGCACAAAAUGCGGCUCGUGCAUGCGGGCAGGCAGCUUCAGGACCACAGACUGCUAUCUGACUACGCUGCGCGUGUGGGACAACUGCACGCAUAACCGACUCUCGUCUGUCUGUCUGUCUG